UUAAAUUUCCACACAAAUAUCACUUCUGAACAGAUUGGUGCAAAUCACUGAUACUUUCCUCUAUUUCCAGGUUAUGAUCAAUUUGGUAUUUCUCGAAAAGGAUCAGAAGACACUUUAGAUGAACAUUGUACUAUCUUCUUUGAUAAAGAGAAGGUUGAACUACUUGAAGGUGGCACAUUUUGGCUGUCAGAAUCACCCUCUGUUCCAGGAAGCAUGUCAUGGGGAUCUGCAGCGCCGAGUAUUGCUACAUGGGGGACAUUCCAACUUAAGAGAGUUGAACCACCAGGGUUCAGCUUCCAGAUUGUAAAUACAUAUCUUGAUGAAUUCAGCCCGCGAUCACGCAGACGGAGUGCCUUGCUCACAUGGCAGCACAUCGCAUCCUUGCCUCCUAACUUACCAGUUAUAUAUUGUGGAGGAUUUAACACGGAAAAGGAAUCUACCACUGGACGCUUUCUUCUUGGGAGAUCUAGAGAACAUGGAGUUGUUGGGGAUAUGAGAGACGCUUGGCCCAAUGCCCGCACCCGGAAAAAUGUCUCCCUUAUACAUACAUAUCAUGGUUUCAAAGGAGACAAACAAGGAACUGUUGAAUUCUUGAAAUUAAUAUUUAGGGCUCUUUGCCUCUGCUGGGAUCGUCAGACUCAGGACUUGCAUCUUGAUUGGAUUCUCUUCAGAGGACGCUCAUUAGUUCCAGCUUCCUGUGAAGUUGUCAAUGAUAAUAUUGAUGGUUUUUACCCUUCCUCUCGCUAUCCUGUACUUGCCGAGUUCAAUUUGCCUCGUACUGUUAGGCUGGUUGAGACCCCUACCCCUUCAGAAAGUUAAAUUUGUUCAUUCUGUAUUCCAUAUUUGUUUCUAUUUUGUUUAGUAUUUUUAUCAGAGAAUGUGUUGGAUGUGGAAGCUUACGGUUCAAAUGUUCAUUAUGAAUCCAUUUGUAAAAAAAGUAUGAAUAUUUUUGAAUCAUUAUGAUAAUUUUUGUGGGAGAUUCAAUCAACGGUCUUUUCUUUUG